UUUGCACUGUUCUUUAAAGGGACAGGUCACUGCCACCGCUGCUGCUUCUGUCAGCCUCAGUAACUCUGACCUUAUUUCUGCUUUACGGAUCUUUCCCAAAUGUGAGGGUCCCUCCCCGGCACCACUGUGGUCAGACCAGCAUCCCUUGGGGACCCUGGUUCACUCCAGCAUAGGCCCCUGCCUGAAGAGAGCCCAGCCCGCACCCUACCUGCUUCCUGGAGCAAGGCUGCCAGGUCUCCCCGCAUCGUGACUCUCUGGUCGACUCAUGGUGUGAGUGGCACGUGGCUGGCUUAGGUGUUUGGAGAGUGAACGCCAGGUCCUCCCUCCUCUGCUCGGCCCCUCUGACCUCUAGGACCCGCCCGCCCCCCCCCCCCCGCCAGCUCCACAAUGGCAGCAGAGACCCUCAACUUUGGGCCUGAGUGGCUGAGGGCCCUUUCUAGCGGUGGCAGUGUGGCCUCCCCACCCCCAUCCCCCGCCAUGCCCAAAUACAAGCUGGCUGACUAUCGCUACGGGAGAGAGGAAAUGCUGGCCCUCUAUGUCAAGGAGAACAAGGUCCCCGAUGAGCUGCAGGACAAGGAGUUUGCUGCGGUGCUGCAGGAGGAGCCGCUGCAGCCCCUGGCUCUGGAGCCCCUGACUGAGGAGGAGCAGAGAAACUUCUCCCUGUCCGUGAACAGUGUGGCUGUGCUGAGGCUGAUGGGGAAAGGGGCUGGCCCCCCCCUCGGUGGCACCUCCCGUGGCAGGGGCAGCACACGGAGCCGAGGCCGCGGCCGCGGUGACAGUUGCUUUUACCAAAGAAGCAUUGAAGAAGGCGAUGGGGCCUUUGGCCGAAACCCCCGGGAGAUCCAGCGUAGCCAGAGUUGGGAUGACAGGUGCAGGCUAGAAGGAGGUGGCAUCGAGGCAGAGCAGAGAGAAGCCCUGGGAGGCGAGAGGCGCUUUGAGAAGUCAGCCAGGAGGGAUGGAGCACGAUCCGGGUUUGAGGAGGGAGGGUCUGGCCCGAGGAAGGAACAUGCCCGCUCAGAUAGCGAGAACUGGCGUUCUCUCCGAGAGGAGCAAGAGGAAGAAGAGGAGGGCAGCUGGAGACUUGGGGCAGGACCCCGGCGAGAUGGCGACCGCUGGCGCUCAGCCAGCCCUGAUGGCGGCCCCCGCUCUGCUGGCUGGCGGGAACAUGGGGACCGGCGUCGCAAGUUUGAAUUUGAUUUGCGAGGGGAUCGAGGAGGGUGUGGUGAAGAGGAAGGGCGGGGUGGGGGAGGCAGCUCUCACCUCCGGAGGUGCCGAGGGCCUGACGGCUUUGAUGACGACAAGGAUGGGCUCCCGGAGUGGUGCCUGGACGAUGAGGAUGAAGAGAUGGGCACUUUCGAUGCCUCUGGAGCCUUCUUGCCUCUCAAGAAGGGCCCCAAGGAGCCCAUUCCUGAGGAGCAGGAGCUCGACUUCCAGGGCCUGGAGGAGGAGGAGGAAGAGCCUCCCGAAGGGCUGGACCAGGAGGGGCCUGAGGCAGGUGGGAAGGAACUGACCCCUCUGCCUCCUCAGGAAGAGAAGUCCAGCUCCCCCUCCCCACUGCCUACCUUGGGCCCACUCUGGGGAGCUAAUGGGGAAGGUGGUGACGCUGUGGAGAAAGACCUGCUGGCAGCUGAAGGAGAUGAUAUGAGGGGAAUGCAGCUAAGUCCUGCGGUGGGCUCACCCCCUGGCCCACCCGGAGAUCUGGAAGAUGAUGAAGGCUUGAAGCACCUGCAGCAGGAGGCGGAGAAGCUGGUGGCCUCCCUGCAGGACAGUUCAUUGGAGGAGGAGCAGUUCACAGCCGCCAUGCAGGCCCAGGGCCUGCGCCACUCUGCAGCUGCCACUGCCCUCCCCCUCAGCCACGGCGCGGCCCGGAAGUGGUUCUACAAGGACCCGCAGGGGGAGAUCCAAGGCCCUUUCACGACACAGGAGAUGGCGGAGUGGUUCCAGGCAGGCUAUUUUUCCAUGGCCCUGCUUGUGAAGCGGGGCUGUGAUGAGGGCUUCCAGCCACUGGGUGAGGUGAUCAAGAUGUGGGGCCGUGUGCCCUUUGCCCCGGGGCCCUCACCACCCCCGCUGCUGGGAAACAUGGACCAGGAGCGGCUGAAGAAGCAACAGGAGCUGGCGGCGGCGGCCUUGUACCAGCAGCUGCAGCACCAGCAGUUCCUUCAGCUGGUCAGCAGCCGCCAGCUCCCGCAGUGUGCGCUCCGGGAAAAGGCAGCCCUGGGGGACCUGACGCUGCCACAGCAGCAGCAGCUCACCACGUUCCUGCAGCAGCUCCAAGCUCUCAAACCCCCCAGAGGUGGGGACCAGAACCUGCUCCCGACGAUGAACCGGUCCUUGUCGGUGCCAGAUUCGGGUUCCCUCUGGGACAUACAUACCUCAGCCUCAUCACAGUCAGGCGGUGAGGCCAGUCUUUGGGACGUACCAAUUAACUCUUCGACUCAGGGUCCAAUUCUAGAACAACUCCAGCUGCAACAUAAAUUCCAGGAGCGCAGAGAAGUGGAGCUCAGGGCGAAGCGGGAGGAGGAGGAGCGCAAGCGCCGGGAGGAGAAGCGGCGGCAGCAGCAGCAGCAGCAGCAGCAGCAGCAGCAGGAGGAGCAGAAGCGGCGGCAGGAAGAAGAGGAGUUGUUUCGGCGCAAGCAGGUGCGGCAGCAGGAGCUUCUGCUGAAGCUGCUGCAGCAGCAGCAGGCACUGGCCAGCGUCCCCGUGCCGCCUGCGCCCAGCUCCCCGCCCCCACUGUGGGCUGGCCUGGCCAAGCAGGGGCUCUCCAUGAAGACGCUGCUCGAGCUGCAGCUGGAGGGCGAGCGGCAGCUGCAUAAGCAGCCCCCACCUCGGGAGCCAUCGCGGGCUCAGGCCCCCAACCACCGUGUGCAGCUUGGUGGCCUGGGCGCUGCCCCCCUGAACCAGUGGGUAUCUGAGGCUGGGCCGCUGUGGGGCGGGCCCGACAAGAGCGGGGGCAGCAGCGGCAGCCUGGGGCUCUGGGAGGACACCCUCAAGAGCAGCGGGAGCCUGGCCCGCAGCCUGGGCCUGAAGAACAGCCGGAGCAGCCCCUCUCUCAGUGACUCGUACAGCCACCUGUCAGGUCGGCCUGUGCGCAAAAAGACAGAGGAGGAAGAGAAGCUGCUGAAGUUGCUGCAGGGCAUUCCCAGGCCCCAGGAUGGCUUCACCCAGUGGUGUGAGCAGAUGCUGCACACGCUGAGCACCACGGGCAGCCUGGAUGUGCCCAUGGCUGUAGCGAUUCUCAAGGAGGUGGAAUCCCCCUAUGAUGUCCACGAUUAUAUCCGUUCCUGCCUGGGGGACACGCUGGAAGCCAAAGAAUUUGCCAAACAAUUCCUGGAGCGGAGGGCCAAGCAGAAAGCCAGCCAACAACGGCAGCAGCAGCAGCAGGAGGCAUGGCUGAGCAGCAGCUCCCUGCAGACAGCCUUUCAGACCAACCACAGCACCAAACUCGGCCCCGGGGAGGGCAGCAAGGCCAAGAGGCGGGCACUGAUGCUGCACUCGGACCCCAGCAUCCUGGGGUACUCCCUGCACGGACCUUCUGGUGAGAUUGAGAGCGUGGAUGACUACUGACCAGCCCGUCCCACCAGCCCCCUGGGCUGUCAGCCAGGGGCAGCAGCAGCAGCAGCUUGGACCCUUGGGUCCCCAGCCUGCAGGCUCCCCGCAA